CACAUAACAAUGUCAGAUUCUUCAAAGAUCAAUUUAAUCAAGGAAUUUGGAGGUGAUUUGGAGGAGAAUUUGAUUAAAGACUUGGCUCGAGGCAAGACUGGCAAGUUUAAUGGGGACAACUUAGAUAUCAGAGUAAAUACAAAUGACAUAAGGAUGUCAAACAGAAACAAAGAUUAUCAUUUUUUUGCAUCAAAUUUUGUCAUAGACAGAGUUAUCCCUGAUGUGUCCGUUGAACAGGUGCCAGUUGAUUUGGAUGCAUCCACACCCUGUGUUGAUAAAUUUGUUCCUAAUGACAGUGAAAUUUCUAUCUAUAAAGACACUUUGAAAGUUUUGCUUGGGAGGGUAAUGGCGGAGCAUAUUUCCGGAUUCACAUGGUUUUCAAAAGUAAUUCCAGAUCACAUCCACCACAUUUAUGAAGAGGAGAUGGCCCAACCUUCAAAAGUACACUCCUUACCACUUUCCUUGAACAAUGAGUGUUCUUACGAAGGAUGUCUUCAUAUACUCCAAGAAUAUACUGAAAUGAUCAACAGAUGGUAUCGCAAAGCAGGCAGAGUUAAUGAGUUGGACAAACUGCAAGUGCCUGUUGGUGGAGACCAAUUGACAAGAGUGAGGUUUCAAGGUGCUAAAUCCUUGCGUGCAGGAUGUCAUACAUAUCAGGAACGUUUCGAACAACUUCAUCCCAUGAUUAUAGAAUUGUUCCACACAUUGCAGGAUUUUUUGGAGAAAAUGUGCAAGAAGUUUCUAAAGCUUAACGAUGGAAGAGAUGAAGGCACUUUGGCCCACAUUAAAAUUAAUAUUCAGAGAUGUAAUGUCAACGGAAAUGUGAAAAGCAGAUUCAAGGUAUAUUUACUGUUUAAUUAAGAAUA